UGCUACUGUUUAAGGAUGGCGGCGCUUCUAGGGUUAGGCAAUUUUCUGUGCGAUCCCUUCAAACCACUCCAAUAGAGAUUUCGUUUGGGAUUUCCACGAUGUUCAGAUCUAAGUUCACAAGGAGGAGCGGUAAGGAGCCCAUGGUGGAUCGGGACCAGGAAGAGGAAGAGACAAGUGUGAUUUGUAUCCCAAAAUUCGAUUUUUCGGAUCUGCUAGAUAAAUUUAAAAACUCUCUGGUGGGCAGGAUGUUUCACGCGGAAGGCAGGAGCAUUGAGGCUUUAUUAGCUUUCAUGCCAAAGGAGCGUAUUUGGGAUGUAGAAGGACGAGUUAAGGGCACAGAUCUGGGGAAUGAUAAAUUUCAAUUCGAUUUUGAUAAUGAGGAAGAUCUUGAAAAGGUCCUGCUGCGUCGACCGUGCCACUUUAAUCGCUGGAGUUUCUCCCUUGAGAGAUGGGAAGCAAAUAUCCGAGAGGAUUUUCCAAAUACUAUGCUGUUUUUGGUUUAGAUCAAGGGUGUCCCACCGAUAUAUAGAAAAGACCAAACAUUCAGAGGAAUUGGUCAAGCUCUAGGGACGGUUAAUGCUGUUGAUGUGGAGGGUGCAAGGGUACAAGCUUUUAUUAAUGGGGAUAAACCACUCCAAUUUGAGAGCAAGGUAGUCUUCGAUAAUGGGGGUGAAGUCAAUGUCUCUCUGCGCUAUGAAGGUUUGUACCGCUACUGUUUCACUUGCAAAAGGAUUUCCCAUGAGGAAAGGACUUGUCCUAAACUCACUGAUUUGGAGCGACUAAGGAACAAGACGUUGAGAGCAUCUUCUUCCUUGUCGGAUUCCCAAAGAGGUAAAGAUUCUGGUAACAAUAGUGGACAAGAAGAUCAUGCUGAAUCGUCGCAUUAUGUUAGAAGGAAUAUUGAGCAAGACUAUGACCAAAGGAGACAGAGAAUGGGUCGGAUUUACGCCAAGAAUUAAGUGAGAAACGAGCAUAUCGCAGCAAAGAUGUAUGGAAUAGAUUAGAUCAACAGUACUCUAAAGAUAUCCCCCUCUAUCGGGAGAGAUUCCAUCCCUAUUCGAGAAGAAGGGAUGAGAUAAGAUCCACACAUCAAUCUACUAGUGAGAAUAGGAGAGAUCAGCGGAGCCUUCGUAGGCCAUUCCAUAACACACGUAUCCCUGAGAGACGUGAAGAUGGAGGGUUCACCAGAGAUUCCUCAGGAACAACUGAUUCUCAAAGAACGAUCUCUGACAUAUACAGGACAGGUGAUCAGCUUGCAAAAAUGAGGAUAGACCGUCAUGGUGGGUAUGGAGAUAGAAAUCAGGAGAAGUAUAGUUCCAGGAAAGGGAUAUUGUAUGAGAAACAGAACUAUAAACCUGCGGUCAAUGGAGCUUCGGGUACGAGCUGGCGAAUGAAGAACACGACAACAAAGGAGGCUUUUCAAAAGGAUGAGGGUGCUGUUCAGGUAAAUGGAAACAAGGAAAAUCCGGAGGUACAAGCUUCAGCAAAACAAAAGAGGACCAUGGAUUUGGAGGUGGAUGGGGAGACUUUUUCUCCUAAAGUCCCACCUGUGAAGGAGGACAAUGGGGAUGGUAACAAGGAGACACAGGUGGUUGUUAGUCACGAUGGGGCAAGUAAGGAGACUGAAGCUCCACUCAAAGAUAUAGAGCUAGAGGAUGAGAUGAUAAUGGAUGAUGAAAUGAUUGAUAAUGAUGAUUUGCUAACCGAGGAGGAUCCGCCAAUUGAUGAUUAUUUACGGGAAGCAGGGAUCCUGUAUGUUUCAACAGAGCAGGGCGAACACAUUGAGGAGGGGGAGGAACAAAUAGAAGCUAUUUCGCAGCUCUCACCUGUAAUCAAAUCAAAGCUUCGCCAACCUUCAAAAAAGGCUUAUGCAAGAGACAGAAACAAGGAGAAGACUAUAAAAGACAAGGACAAAGUUACGGCUCAACAUCCCCCUGCGGUUAUAAGUCAAGAGAGCACAAAUCCUCCAGGUGUAGACGAGAAUAUGGAUAAGCGACGAGUAUCAAAGAAUCCUGAGAUAUCAGGGGUGGCUUCCCGAAAACUAAACGCUUUAAGAGUUCGCCAAUCUCCAAAAAAGAAGUCAGGAAAUGGGCGUACAAGAUCGACUGCUGUCCCUCGUAAUGAGGUGUUUCCUUCUGCUAUAAGCAAGAAGUCUGCUGCUAAACCUGGUUCAGUGGUGUCCCAGAAACCACCCAGUACUCAUAUAUUGCCUGGAAUUGUCAAGGAGCGGGAGCCUACUUGAUCUCAGAGCAUCUCAAGGAGCUCAGUAGAUAUUUUUUUCCUGCUUUUCUUUUUCUUUCUGAAACAAAAAACAAUUUUUCUUUUAUGCAAGAUAUUCAAGUUUCUUUAGGUUAUGAUAAUCUUUUUACCGUGGAUCCAGCUGGGAGAAGCGGCGGA